AUGGAACUCUUACUUCCACACGCAUCAAACUCAACACCUCUCACCGUCCUCGGCUUCUUAGACCGAGCCGCCUCCGUCUAUGGUGAUUGUCCGUCCGUCCUCCACUCCCCAAACACCGUCCACACUUGGUCCGAAACCCACAACCGCUGUCUUCGAAUCGCCUCGGCUCUCACUUCCUCCUCUCUAGGGAUUAACCGAGGCCAAGUCGUCUCCGUCGUGGGCCCAAAUGUCCCGUCCGUUUACGAGCUGCAGUUCGCUGUCCCAAUGUCCGGAGCCAUCUUAAACAACAUCAACCCACGUUUAGACGCGCAUGCACUCUCCAUCCUCCUGCGUCACAGCGAAUCCAAACUCGUUUUCGUCGACCACAAUUCUAUCUCUUUGGUUCUUGAAGCAGUCUCGUUCUUGGAAAAACACGAGAAGCCACACCUCGUCCUUCUCAACGACGACCAAGAGGACGAUUCUUCGUCGGCUUCGGAUUUUCUUGACAGUUACGAAGGGAUCAUGGAGAAAGGAGACUCGAGAUUCAAAUGGAUCCGUCCUCAAACAGAGUGGCAACCGAUGGUUCUCAAA